CGCGCUUCCCGGCCUUGCGCGGAGCCGGUCUCGGGGCGCUAUGCGCCGGACGCCGCAGCCCGGCGGAGACCGAGCGAGGCGGGUCGGGUCCCAGCGGCCCGGCUGCGGAGCCUAGGCGGGUCUAGGGGUGGCGGCGCUUGGAGUCUGAGGGGCUCUAGCCUAGCGGCCGCGGCUGUGCCCGCGGUCCCUGAGCGAACUGAGGCCGAGGCCGCGAGGCCGCGCCCAGAGUAAGGCAAAAGAGAAUGAAAGAAGUAGAUAAUCUUGAAAGUAUAAAAGAAGAAUGGGCUUGUGAAACAGGAUCUGACAAUCGACCUCUUAGUGAUCAUCAACAAACAAAUUGCGAAUAUUUUGUUGACAACCUUUUUGAGGAAGCCCAGAAAGUUGGUGCCAAAUGUUUGUCCCCCACUGAACAGAAGAAACAGGUAGAUGUAAGUAUAAAAUUAUGGAAAAAUGGAUUCACAGUCAAUGAUGAUUUCAGAAGUUAUUCUGAUGGUGCGAGUCAGCAGUUCCUGAACUCCAUCAAAAAGGGGGAAAUACCUUCAGAAUUACAGGGAAUUUUUAAUAAAGAAGAGGUGGACGUUAAAGUUGAAGAUAAGAAAAAUGAAGUAUGUGUCUCUACGAAGCCUGUGUUUCAGCCCUUUUCAGGACAGGGUCACAGACUGGGAAGUGCUACACCAAAAAUUGUUUCUAAAGCAAAGAAUAUUGAAGUUGAAAAUAAAAAUAAUUUGUCUGCUGUUCCACUGAAUAACUUGGAACCCAUAACUAAUGUACAGAUCUGGUUAGCCAACGGGAAAAGGAUUGUCCAGAAAUUUAACAUUUCUCAUAGGGUAAGCCACAUUAAAGACUUCAUCGAACAAUACCACGGAUCUCAAAGAAGUCCUCCCUUUUCCCUGGCAACAGCUCUUCCUUUCCUCAAAUUGCUAGAUGAAACACUCACACUGGAAGAAGCAGCUUUACAGAAUGCUGUAGUCAUUCAGAGACUCCAAAAACCUUUUAGAAAACUUUCAGAGCAUUGAUUUUUGAUAGACUAAGUGGAAAAUUUGCAGAGAAAUAAUAGUUGUUAAGUGGGCAAACCAAAAUGGGGGACAGGAAGAGUCAGAUUCUCGCUGGACUUUUGGUUCACCUACUGUUUAACUCUCCAGAUGAGAAGAUUUUUAAGUAAGUACAGGUUAGGAGAGUAACAUGUGACUGGAAAAUAUAUUCAGUGUACUUUUUCCAAAAGGCUACUCAAAAGAAAAAUAUACUUAUUUUCAAAUACCAAGUAAUCAACAUAAGAUAUAUUAAAUAGCUGUGUCAUUUAGAAUCUAAAUAUGGUAUAAAUUAGCAAAUAUGUUCACAGCGUCUGUCAUUCAAACAUCAUUCCCAAACAGGUAUUUAUUUAAAUGUUAGCUGCCUCAGUGUUUUUAAAUGACACAAUACAUUAAAAAAUUAUAAGUGACAGGUUAAAAGCAUCAGUAUAUUUAUUUUAAAACUCAGAUAAGAUCACAAGGUUAAAGAGACCUGGUUUUACCACAGCUAUGCCUAACUUUCACAGUGUUCUUGGUUUUCAUUCUGUAUUGGCAAGAUACACCCAAAUAUUAAUUUGGCAACAGUAUCUUAAGAUGUAUUUUCAUUUAAGAAUAAAAUUGUGUGGUUUAGUACAAUGGCAAUAUUAAUCUGCCUACCCAAAUUUCUACACUUUCUAAAAAUGUAGAUUUUUUAAAAAUUACGUUCUCUCUACUAUGAACCUUAGUUCAUUUCCUUUUAUUUUAUUUUCUUUGAAAAAUUGGGGAUUUGUCUUUAGCUAACAUUUGGGAUUAGCCAUGCAUUUGCCACCACUCACUUAGAAUCUAAUGCCUGUUUGUUACAUUACUAAUUAACGAAUAUUUUUUAAAUGCAUCACAUGAAGUAUGGUUUUAUAUUUCAAACAUCAGCGUCAACCUGUGUGUACAUUAGAGCAGCCAUCCCCAACCUUUUUGGCACCACAGACCGGUUUCAUGGAAGACGGACGGGGAUGGGUAGAAUGGGGUGUGGCCUGAGGCAGGGAUGUGCAGUCUGUUUCCUAACAAGCCACAGCCCAGGGGUUGAGGACCGCCACAUUAAAGGAUUAUUUAUUACAUUUUGACGUCACCAAGGAAAAUAUGCUUUGUAUCUUAGACUUCUAACUAAAACAAGUUAGACUUUAAUAUUUCCCUGUUAAAUCCCCUUGCCUGAAAAUAAGUUUAAGAAGCUUUUUUGCAAAGGAUCUAUUCAAUCAGAUUUAAAGUAAAGUAUACAUUGAGUGUCCCAAGUCCCACAGCAGCAGUAAUGUUCAUAGGGUACAAGUUUAAAAUAUUCAUUUAAAUAUAACUUCCAAAACAUAAACAGAUUUAGAGAGAAAAGAGGCAUUGUUUUCCAUUUUUUGAAAAUAUCUUACUUUCUGACUUGAAGACAGAUGGAUUCUCAUAUCUGCUUCUGCGUUCACUGUACUGCAAUAUUACACAUCAUGUAGCCUCUGGAAAAUACUACUGCAUAUUCAUGAGAGAAUGAAAAAGAAGCAGAUAACACCUUAGUGUGAUUAUGAGAAGAGGUUUGACUUUGAAGACUCCCUGAAGGGAUCUCAGGGACCCACCCCCAGGGAUCUCUUGCCCACAUUUUGAGAACCAGUCUUAAAAAGCAAUGGUUCACAAUGAUUCUCAAGCCUUAGUGUAAGAAUCACUUGGGAAGCUUUAAAAAAUGCCUAUUCCUGUCACCUACCGUAAACAUUCAUUGUAUCUGGGAUGGGUGCUGGAUCUGCAUUUUUAAUCUCAAGUGAUUCUUAGGAAUGUGGUAGAAGUACCAUUCUUCAGGAAAUCCUGUGUGAAGCUGUUAUCCUUGUCCCCCACAGCUUGCUCCUAGAGAGGCUUCUGCCUGUUAAUGCUGAACUAAUCAUGACAUAAACCUGUGCUUUAUAGCACAGCUGAGACAAGGCUGGAACAUUUAAUUAAGGUUU